UUUCGCUUCAAAAUGAACGUUGGGUAAUGAACUUUUUAUUUCACCGAAAGCUGCGUUACCGAGCGGACGUACCCCGAACCCGGCGCGCAUAACAAAAUUUCCCCGUGCUUCUUGGUUCUUGGCUCUGGUAUUUUGUUUUUGGGCUUUUCCGUUUCUUCCUGAGAGAAAGCGAUUUAAUUGUUUUCAUCAAAAAAAAGUUUAUAAAAAAUUAUCAAAAAACCGUUUAAGAAUAGCUUGAAUAGAAAAUAUUUAAAAUAAAAACGUGUUGCAAGUGAGCAUUAGAAAACAACGGUUAGCAAAAGUGUGAAGUGAUCUAAAGAAUUGUCACCGGAACCGGCAUAGUUUCCCGCCGAAACGAAGAAAGUGUGCAGAAAUAUUGAUAAGAGACCCCGGCACCGGCAAACCCCCUUUUCGUCGCUCUUGCAAAACCAAACAUUUGCCCAACAGUAAAAAGAGAGUGUAGUGGGAAAAUUACACUAACGGAUUUUCCGACCCACUCCCAUGCUGUGAGUGUCGCCGUGUAUUUUGUGUGAGUGUGUGUGUUUGCGUUGGGAUAGAGUGCAAUAACAAUCGUGUCUCCAAUUUACCGGCGAAACGGGAAAGUGAACGAGGUGAAACGGGACUGAGCGAAGGAAAAACUGUCGGCGCUCCAAACACAUAUGGAAGCGUCCAAGCAGUUGAAAACUGCUCGGUUCCCUCGGUGGCGCUUUCGAUGCGUUUGAUGCUGCUGCUCUAGGGAAGGGCAAGAGCUAAUCAUUUGCUGCGUGCGGAGAUAAUCAACUUCCCGCUCUUCCUGCGUUUCUUUUUUUGAUUUCGGGUGAACGCCAACCAACCCUCCCGUGGGCAGACGGCAGAGCCCGCGUCGCCCGUAUGUCGCCCGCGCGUACUUAUGCUGAUAACUACUCCAUUGGCAGCAACAUAAUCGUCUCCGCCGUACGCACAGAGUGUGUCUCGCUUCGUUGUUUUGUGUGUGGCCCAGCAUAGCCAAACAUACCACCACCAUCAUCAUCUGCAACCGACAAAAGGGCCGAAUUCAUUAUUCCCUAUUCUGCGGAGUAUAGCAACAAGUGGUUUACUGACUGCGAGGCACACAAACACACAUCCUGGUGUGUGGAACUUAGCCACCGUUUCUCCAGUCCAGUGCCCAACUACCGUGUUGGAUGAUCGAUUUCGGAAGGCAUUUUGAUGAGCUGUGCGAAGUAGCGUGCAGAAGUUUCACUAUCCACCAAGAACGACCCUGAAAAAUUGCCGACCUGCUGAAUAGAAGAGUCGUGUGUACUGCUCGUCUCCUAGUGAGUGUGGGUCUGGAACGAGCGCAAAAGCGCAACAUAAUUAGAGCUAAUUAGCACCGAACACAGCGUCUCUCUCGCUCUCGCUGUCUCUCGGUGCGAUCAGUUACGCCCUACUGAUCACGCAGUUCCGACCACAACGUCCGGCAAAGUGUGCUCUCCGAUCGAGGCGAUCCUUAUUAGCGGGCAGUUCCUGAGGGAUCUCUCCUGCGGUGUCUGUGUGUGUGGAAGUGCGUGUGACCGUUCAGUGUUCUCAAGUGACCCGGUGAGACGACAACCACGUGCUCGUGUGUGUAUUCUCCGUGCAUCUCUGUGUGUUUCUCAGUGCGUUCCAUGUGUGUGGGUGUGUUUGUGUCGCUGUGUGUGUGUAUACCCGGUGAGUGUGGUCAGGGUUGAGUUGGGUCCUCUGGUUGGCCCCAAGGUGGAAUGUGUACCCAACAAGUACGUGAACCGGUCAGUGACAGUGCUUCUUCAAUGAAUUGGUGCGUGUGAGAGCCCUUCUUAAUAAUCGCUCAACGACAUCCGCAAACGCCAGAGCGGUUUGUCCCGAAGUGCAGAAUUUCUUGAAGAUAUUCGGGAUUAAGCCCGAAGAAGAAAAAAACCAGCAAGAAUCCGCGAAUCUUCACCAAAGAUCCGUGGUAGUGUUUGUGUGUUUGUAGUGGAAUAUCUCGCCACCUUUGCUUCUACUACCUUGCUACUGGGAGCAGUCGCCCAGCAACGGCCGUCAAGCUGGAUUACCUAAACGCGAUGGAUUUCGACGACGGGGACCUGAAGGACAUUUGGGACACCGAUCUCGAUGCGAACCUCCAGGACACGCUGAAGAUGUCCAACUAUCCGGACAUCCAGGACUGGAUGGAUCCACACUCGAAGCUGCCGCCGGUCAUCCUGAACGACAAGCUGAUGACGGACGCCAUCAUCGGGACGUGCAUGCCGAUCAAAACCGAACACUCGUACAGCCUCAACUCGGACGGCGAUUCGCUGCCGGACACCAUUCCCGACUCCCCGCACAGCCUGCAGAACAAGAUGGAUGAUAUGGAUGAGGAAUGCUAUCCGGCAAUCAGCAUGAAUGGCAGCAGCAAACAUCAGCACAUCAUUCACAGACAGCAGCACCACGCCAACUCGUUGCUGGUCAACGGGCAGACGCGCGACAGCAAGCCACCCUCCUUUGCCGGGAUGUCCCUGUUGACAAACGGUGCCGGUGCCAUGCUGUCGAACGGUUUAUUGACAGCCCAGCAACAGCAGCAGCAGCAGCAGCAGCAACAUACGGCACCGUUGGGUGCGAACGGUCCCUUCGGCAGUCUGCUCAGCAAUAACAACAACAACCAUCUGGCGGUGAAUCACAACCUCAACCUCAAGGAGAGCAUCGUCGGGCUGAAGGGGCUGGCCGGGUUCGGUUCCAGCUCGUCCUGCCACGACUCAUCCUCAUCCACCUCCGCCAGCAACGCAUCGGACAUCGAUAUUGAUGAGACGACGGUCAAGGAAGAGCCACUGUCGCCCAGCUCUAGUUGUCCACCGUCCCCCGUCGGUUCGGGCUGCGGUGGUGGUGGUGGAAGUGGUGAAGGUGGUGGAGGCUCCCUCCUGAACAGCUUUUCUGCCUCGACCGUUAGUCUCGGCGGAAAUAUGGCCGGCUACACGCACUCGGAUCUUGUCCUCGAGCAUAAGAACGGUUCUCUCCAGCUGUCAUCCGCCACACAGAGUCUGCUCAAGAAUCAGCAGAUCAUGAUCGCGUCCAGCAUUCCCCAGCAAAGCUCAACGGCCUCAACCCAGCAGCAGCAGCAGCAGAAGCUUGUGAUGUCCAAGCUGAACAUCAAGAUGGAACCACAGUCCUCCACCGCGUUCGGGCUGCCACCGACACCGCCCUCCUCAUUGCCGAGCGACGAGUCGGAAGGCAACCAAAGCCCCGAACAUCACGUUUCCCCCAUGUCACCGCCGACCGAUCACGGCAGCACAUCGAGCGGCGCCAACUCGACCGCCUCGAGCCGCCGCACGUCACUGCACGCGAGCGGUGGUACAGGGGCCGGCCCAUCGAUCGGCAGCACCGCCGGUGGCAGCCAAUCGGGCAACUCUACCUCCCGCCAGUCGUCCUCCACAGCUAGUCACCACAGCUCAGCUGCAUCAUCACCGUCCGCCAGCAGCUCGUCGAGGCAGCCUAUUCACACCCCGCUCAUCAGUAGUCAACCGAAGGGUUCCACGGGAACGCUCAUCUUGACGGAAGAGGAGAAGCGAACACUGCUAGCAGAGGGCUACCCCAUCCCUACCCGGCUUCCGUUGACCAAGGCCGAGGAGAAAUCUCUCAAAAAGAUCCGGCGGAAGAUCAAGAAUAAGAUCUCCGCCCAGGAAAGCCGAAGGAAGAAGAAGGAGUACAUGGACCAGCUGGAGCGCCGGGUCGACAUACUGGUGUCGGAGAAUCUCGAGUACCGCAAGCGGGUCGAGGCGCUCGAGGACUGCAACCAGAACCUGCAGACCGAGCUGUCCAAGCUGCGCCAGCUCAUCAGCCGACAGGGUGCGCGGAAGGCGUCCUAAUGUGCUGUUUUUGUGAGUGUGAAAAUCACACAGGCACACAUACACAAAUGUACAAACUAAUGCUAAUGUCCCGAAGACACGCCGGGUCGUGUGAGGAAUUGGGAUAGGGGAACAUGGAACAGUUUUCGUGCAAUAAGCUAGAAAGGCUUUCGUACGAUAGGUGGGGUCUCUCCAGGAUGUGAGUAUCUCGUCAGAAGUGCUGAUCCCACGGUUUCGGGGUGAAGUCUUCCGCGCGAGUGCAUCGGUUCUAGGCCCCCGCAGGGAUGAAGAGUUGUUAUUUCGUAGCGCGUAAGUAGUAAUGUUUAGGGCGAAAGGAUGGUUUAGACACUGUGGCAGUGAGGGAUGCUUGUGUCUUCGAGGCCUAACAAGCAAGAAACGAACGUAGUUAACAUUCCAAAACCAGAGCCGAGGUGGCGUUUGUAGUCUAUUUUUAAAAGACCCGACCGGAACUGCACAGGAUAGUAUAGAGAGAAAGAAGGUGUAGGUUGCUAUAGCCAGAUCUUUAUCAAAAAACGGAGAGGCGGUAGAAGAGGGUUGGGUUCCUGAUAACGUGUGCCUUGUUGUUUUGUAGGUACCGUUCACUGUGGGCAAUCUCCUACCCAUACUUGCCUGUUCCUUCAAAAUUCAGCGUGACUCUCACGCCCAAAAAUGACUCCAUUACAUGCGAGAAUGGACGAACGGUUUUAAAAAGUUUGGUUGUGCUUUUCUUGAUAUAGGUUGUUACCUCGCUUGAAUUUUUAACUUAGCAUUUAUUGGCAAACGCGUCCAGCGAUGUUGGAGCCGUACGACAACGUCUGCGCGCUCGUGCGCGCCAUCUAGCGGUCGCUAGUGCAAGCCAAUCAACGAAAACAGUGUAUCCUCAAAUGCGAUCCAUUUAUUUUGAACACAUUUUCCGGUCCUAUGUUACUUUUAGAGCAAGGUUUUCUUUUUCUCUUUACGUAACACAUAUUUACUAUUGAUUUGUAACGUUGUUUUGAGAUGACGCAGAAAGGAGUGUGUGUACAGAAAAUGGCAUUACAUGCUGCUGGCUGCCACCGAUCAGCAAAUGUAGCAAAUGUAAAUAAAGCACCUGGUUCCAAUUUCUUUCGCCGCUAAAAAACGGCAUGAAAUUGGAACUGCUGCAGCGAGACAACAGUUCGGGACUGAUUCGGGUAAACACUAAUUACUUUCUACUACGCAUUUGGUUUACAUUUGCUUGUUGUUUGUUUGUUUGAUGUUUGUUGGGUUGUUUGAUUAGUUGUAAGUGACAUUCAUUUGCAUUGCUAGAAGCUGUCCGUUUGUUUUUUUUUUUGGAUUACUUUCGAGUAAGUGGGAAUAAAAACAAUGACUACGUUUAAGCACCCUGUACAGUGUGGUUAGCAAGUACGUAUUACACAGAUGGGAUGCGUUGUGAGGGAUGGCUAUACGCUUGACCGUGUUUGGUUUUAGAGGAGGAAAUAUUUACUAGCACAAAAAAAAUACGCUGCAUGCUAGACAACCACCAUCGUAAUGCAAAAUGUAUUCAGUAAUUAGCAUUUGUUCGAUGUUUAACAUCGUGUGUCGGGAAGAUGUAGUGGAUUUAAUCAUACUGUACAUACUGGUUCAGCAAGCGCGAUUCCCGAUUAUCGGAACCGCUGGAACUUUUUCUCUCGAGUGUCAAACCUUUUGAGUCAUUUUGUUUGUUCUAAAGUGUGCGAAAAGAACGUUUCUUCCCCCUUGCCCGGAUAGUGCUGGGUUUGAAGCGAAGUGGUACUUAUCAUACUUGAGCUAGUAUUUGCUGGUGCAGAACACAACAGAGAGACGCAUAUUUUCAUACGCCUUUGCUUUUCGAAAGGCACACAGUCGUCUACCGCUUUUUAUACUUAUACGCGUUAGGAAAUUAUAAUUAAAAGAGAUGCAGAUAGAGAUAGAUAAGAAGAGGAAGAGAGAGAGAGAGAGAGAGAUAACAGUAGCCUAUUUACAACGAGGAUGUGUGGUGAGAUGAAUGAAUACAUUUUUAAAUCCCAUAAACACAUCCAUCCAUACAACCAUUUGGUGUUACUUAGACUAAAUGCUCAUCACUGAGCUAUUGUCAAUACGGAGACGACUUAUGAGACGCGCUUAAAUAGACAAUUGAACAAGCAGAUUGUUAAACUGUUCAGUGCGCUUAGUGGAGUAAUCACACAAUUAUACAAAACAAAAACAUACCUACGCGAACUUAGUGCGAUGAAAAAGAUAACAAACUACCUAUUUAUAGACAAUGUUACUGUGGAACCAAUCGAUGACUUAAGUAUAUAGCAUGUAAAUUGAUUAGCUUAUAGUAUGUAUUGAUUUAAGGAAGAAGAAAAAAACACACAAGGAUAAGUAAGAUGAGCCUUUGAGGAAAACAAGCACUACUUCUCACAACGAGCAAACUGGGAUAUAGGUGUGGUGUGGCAAUUGCAAUCCAAAACUGCUGGGAAUUCAUAUUCAUUCAGUACUAAAUACUAUCCAAUCCGCCUAACGUUUCGUUUGUCGGGUAGCGUUUACUUACGUGUAGGUUAAGCUUUGGGUUUCAGUACUGUCAAUGUAUCGGAUAGGGAAUAAUACACGGCGAACUCUUGAGUGAACUGUACUACACGAAGCAACCUUUUUCGGACCUUUUUUGCAAGCAUCGAUUCGGGAAGCAUCAAAAUCUGCCAUUUUAAUUAUUUAAUAGCCUUACAUUCGGAGACGCCUUGCAAGCAGCAGCGGCAAAGGGUUGAGAAGCACUGGCUCACAGUCGCGUGCACAGGAUAGGCAAGAGUGAGAGGCAAAUUAAAGUUUAUUUUGAAUUUAGUUACACACACACACGUACAUGCAUACAUACAUUCGCUAGCUUUAGAGUCUUAUUAUUUUGUCGUUUAGCUUAAGCGUACGUUAGAAAUGCAAUUGUUUAUAUUUGAAGUUAAUUUAUUAGUCUUUUAGAAGGAAAAAAACAACCCUUUUUACAUUACCAGCAGAAAAUAUGCAAUUUAAAAGCGGGAGAAAAACAAAAAAACACUGGCGAACGUUUCGGCGUUGACGAUGAACGUUAUAUGUAUUGCAUUUGUUUUAAAGAUGUUUCCUCUAUUACUUGUUUGACUUAGUAUCUAAUUUGACUGAUUCACUGUUCACUGUUUCGAUUUUAUUGGUUUCUCCAUUCUAUUUGUUCGUCAUAGUUUACAUUUUCAAAGGUGCAAUCAUCAAACUUUUUGUGUGCAAACCAUUACACUUCUGUGCAAUUCUAAAGAUAUUAAACUUAUUCGUAUUGUUUUGUUACUUGUUGUUUUUCGGUUUACUUCUUUUUUUGUUCGAUUUUUUUUGCAGUCGCAGAAAAAAGCUACCUUAAAUUUGUUUAUCAUUAUUUUUAUGAUAAUUUUGGCGCGUCUUCAAAGUCUUCAAAAUACGCACUGCACUGUUUAGUAGUAACUUUUUUUCUUCUUUCUACUAAGUAGCUUCUAAUAGGCAAUUAAAAACACCAAACAAUCGAAACAGAAGGGAUCGAUAGCGAGGGAAACCCGGUUUCCAUAUACAGUGAACGAUUUAUUAUGUUACCUAGCGGUGGAUUGCAGUGGGAGCGUGCAAAAGGCAUAAGAAUGCAGAAACGGUGGCACUUGAGGUGGUUUAAAAAUAUCUACCUUCUUCUCCGUUCAACCCUAACCUAGGUUAGAUGAAAUCAUCUUGUGCAGGAAGUUGUAAAAACAAAAACCCCAUACACACAUGUGCUCCCCGACACUCGAAAGCAAUGCGCGCUCGAGUCGAAGGUGAAAAUGUCUAAAACCAAUUCCAACCGGCCUGGUAUUUGCAACCCCACCUUCAGUGGGCAUCAUGCAGGCGGAGACGGACGGACGGGCACAUCUGCAUCCACGCAGCGAAACUGCAUCAUGCAGUCACUAUUUUUAGACCGUGUCUCACAGUUAGUCGUCGGUGCAAAGAUCAGUGGGCCUGAGUGGGUUUUUUUUUUGGCUAGAAGUAGUCGCUGACUUCAUGAAAUUGCACUAUCAAACAGAGCAAAGAAAGGGAGAAAAAGAAGAAAAAUGCAUUUAACAGAAAGAGAAGAGACGAUAUAAACACAACAGAGAGGUUUCGAGUCAGACAGGAAGUUGCCAGACCGAUUACAGUCGCGACAGAAUCACAGCCGCGUGGAGACUUAGAAGAAAAUGAGAGAGAGAGAGUGAGUAGCUCUCACAACGAAAGAUGGCAUGCCGGAUAUUGAUAAUGUGUAUGUGUGUGUGUGUGAGGAAUGUGCAGGACAUGUUUUGGGACUUAGACAAUAGCAUAAGCCUAGCGUAAGACUUUAUGUUAAGGAUAGGUUUGUUUUUUCUGCUUUUCGUUGGUAUGUUUGUUCCCAUACAAUCAGAGCCGUGUCUUUUCGUUUCGUAUCGUCUCUCCAAUAAGCGUUUAGGCUAAGGCGUCGUUCCAACUAGAAUUACCGUGUUUUUUUCUUUCGUGGCCUAGCGUUUAAGACAGAUUUAAUUAUUGUUUUGUUCGAUUUGUUUAAUGCAACGUUUAAUUUGACCGAUACAAGAGCAGGGCGAGAGAGAUAGAGAGCGAUGCGACAGUGCCUCGGGCAAAUGCGUACCACAUGUGGAGAGAAGCCCGAGCCACUACAAUAUGCAACCGCAAGCGGUGUUGUACCAAGAUAAAUGUGGAAAAACCAAUUCCAAUACGCGGGGUCAGAAAUAAAAUUUCCUCACUUACAUUAUUGUAAAGAGUAACCUGAACA